CAUCCAACUUCACCGCGUUUCUCUCCCAUGGUUCCCGGUGGGUCGGACGCGGGGCUGCUGUGAUGUUUGCCCGCUGCUUCUCGAAGCUCCGGCGUAGAAGUGAACCUUUUACCGGAUGAUGGAGGAGAACUGGCCGGGCUCCACCAUCGCAGACGCGCUAAAUACUCUGGCUGCUCCUCCUCAGAGCGAAGCUUCAUGGGCCUAUGAGCGCGGCUCAGCUGCUACCAAACCGAGUCCCUAUAAUGUUGCACCUGACCUUGAUGGAGAGCUCGCCCAGCAGCAGAGCUUCACUACGACACAGCAGCUCCCGACCUACACUACAGCACACAUCCCAGCUGCUGUAUGCACCCUUGAGUCUAGCAGUAAUAAUCCUGUGACCUCAAUCAUGAGCUUCCUGUCAGCCAUGGAAUCGAGAAGUCUUCAGGCUGGUCCUGUUCGUGCCUCGUUGGUUCCUCCUUUUAGACCUCCAUCCUGCACCACUGGUGCCAACUCCUCUUCUAGAGAUCUGUAUCUAACUGGUGCCCUGCCUUCCACAACCAGUUCCCCUUCUCCUGCUGUUCUGUCCACCUUUCAGCACACAAGUGCUUACCCAUCAAGGAGCUAUGCUACCAACACAACCCUAACACUUCCGGAUGGUGCCUUCAGUGCUUCCACCAGUGGCCUGUUCUCUCACCAUGACCACCUGCUUCAUCUUAAACCCAGCCAGGCUCUGCUGCCCACUGCCCUGGCCUUCAAUCAUCUUUCAGCGCCUUCUGUGGGCUCAGCUCUGCCGGUGGAUUCCUCUACAUACCGCUCAGCCCAGGAGUCAGCCCCCCACCUACUGCAGCCCCAGUUUAGCCUUGUUCCCUCUGCUUUGCACACCCCUCAUGGUGCCCCACAGACCUAUGGAGCUAUUCAACGUGAAUGUAGUGUGAUCAAGCACCACCAGAGGCCUUGUAGUAGCCACACGGCAUCAGAAAAAAUAGGCAACACAGAAGACUCCUUGCAGGAAUAUUUUGUCCCAGGCGGUGAACCAAAUAUGUCUUAUCCACAGGACCCCUCCCGUCGCACACCAGUAUCUUGCAGCUCAUCUUCGAAGAAGGAAUCCACACAAGGGGUCAAUAGAUCCCCCCAACCUAAAAGCGACAUUGGAACUCAGCCUUAUUCAUCCACUUUGCUGAAAAGUGCAGAGGAUUCUAUCCAGCUGAAUUCACACACUGCAGAGGAUGGAGAGAGUAACACUCAGAAGCUUACAACAGAUUCCUCAUCUACUCAGAAGCAAAACGCUGAUGUUGCCAGUCAACAAGCAUCCCAGAUAUCUGGUCUUAUGUCAGACAGUUUGUCUCAGACUUAUGUGACCCCUCAAACACAGUCACAGACCUCCCAUUACCCCUCAGAUAAUCUUUCCUCACUUUACACUACCUUGGCGUCCCACUCAAGCCACUGUGAUAAUAUGGUGCCCAUUAGCCAAACUCUUAUUCAUACAACCACUCCAGUGCUGAGUCAAGAGCAGAUCCAGUAUGGAACCCAUGUUCAGAGAUUAUGCCAAGAUAAUUUCUCAGAGAUCUACCCAAGUGCCCACUCUCAGGGUGUCCUGAAUGUGCCAUUUACGUCUCAGAAUAAUGAAGUUUCGGCGACACACUCUCAAAGCUUCAACACAGCUCAGUCUCUUAACUCAGUGUUCCAGUCCACAUGUAUGCAAAGUCUUCCUACACCUAAUUCUAUGGUGGAAUACAAACCCUUACAGGGGUCGGUGGGAGGUACAGCACAUACCAUUGUUUCCCACCAGCAGAAACAGUCUCACAGUGUUUUAUCUGUACCUUUGCCUACAUAUUCUUCACCUGCUCAACCCUUACAGGAUAACAUAUCUACCUUACAGGAAGCAGGGCCAACAUAUGCCAAACAAGACCUUCCACCCCAUGACAGCGAGGCACUAAAGCAGGUGUCCAUUGGUUCUGGUGCUGAUAAUAGCAUGAUCACUCACAAAAUUGUUAUCUAUGUGGUUUCACAAAUGGAUGAUCACAAACCACAGAUUGUUAUUCGAAACAAUUCUCAAUCUGAUGAGCAAUUUCUAGGAGUCUGCCAUGCAAAUCAAGCACAAAUAAAGGAUGGACAUGUAGGUUCAAUGACCCAGCAGCAGGUAUGUCUAAGCAGUGUCAACGGUGAUGAAGUUGCUAGCUCAGAGACCUCUAACACUCCUGUUUCCUCACAUGGACCUAUUAGUAAAGAGCAGCUUAACCAACAGCUCAGAACUCCUGAGCCACAUCCACAAAAUCAGCAAUCCCACACUCAGCCCCAGAGUGAGAUUCCACCUGCCCAUUCUUCUUAUAUGUCAUUUCCUAGUUCUCAGGUGUUUCUUGAGUCCAACCAGGUGAUUCCUGUCCAGCAGCCUCUUGUCCACCAAAGUCAGAACACUUCAAAUUUGGUAUUGGUGCAGGGUGUUGAACCAGCCCAGGGUUUGGGAUCAGUUCACAUCCAGUACCACCAGGUGGAUCGAGACUUGCUUUGCACCAAUGUCACUGAAAACCUGAGUCAACAGACUGUAGUCAUGUCUGAACCAAGCUCACAGUGCUCUUCUUCCACAAACCUCCAUUACAGCCAGACGGCAAAUCAGCGGCCAAAUGAUGGCAAAAGUCAGUUUGCUCUUGACUCUAUUUGCUUUCCAGACUCGAUGCUCUUAGCAGAUGAGAGAAAUAUUUUGUCAGAUGUCGACGACAUCUUUGCUGCUACAGAGGCAGCUUGUGGUGUCACACCUCAAGAUUUUGUCAAAGCAGCAUCAUCUUCUGACAUCAAACUGACUGCAAUGUCAAGUCCUGUGGAUUCCAAAGGUCAUCUCAUGACUGUGGAUAUAAGCCAGAUGUCACCUAGUUUCUCCUCAGCACAACAUCCUCCGGUCUCCAACACUCACUGCCACACUAUCAGUAUGACACUAAAUGGUGCUCACAUGGCUACAGCCAGCCAGGAUCAGUCUGUUGGCCACAACAGUUACAAUAAUCUCACUAUAAAUGGGGAUGGAAGGAUCUCUGAGAGCAGCUUCCAGUUAGCUAGACAGGUGUUAAACUCCCUAGGUGUCUCCAAUGGAGUCAAAGAUAGUACUAGAUAUACAGGUAUAUCCAAUGGAGGCCAAGAUGGUACUAAAUAUGCAGAAACUCAAAAAUCUCUUGGAACUAAAGACUCACCAAAAAAGAAAACACGCUCCAAGUCUAGAACAAAACCAGGUGGUCCUGAGGAGGGAGAGGGAUUCACUAGACCGACCAUGCGGGGUGGACAAACUAAGUGCCAAAUCUCACGGGGCAGUGAUGCCAGUUCACCAUCUGCCGCAAAUGGCACACGGGACAGUGUUCCUCAGCGUGAAAGAAUCCAGCAUAAGAUCCGUGAGGUGGAAGAGAAGCAGCCAGAGGGUGUUGAAGCAGCCCAACGUUUGGGACCAGUUCACGUCCAGUACCACCACACGGAUCGAGGCUUGCUUUGCACCGGCGUCACUGAAAACCAGAGUCAGCAGACUAUAGUCAUGUCUGAACCAAGCUCUGUUUGCUCUUCUUCCACAAACCUCCAUUACAGCCAAAUGGCAAGUCAGCAGCCAAAUGACGUCAAAAUGACUGCAAUGUCAAGUCCUGUGGAUUCCAAUGGUCAGCACGCAAAGGACAGUGUUCCUCAGCAAGAAAGAAUCUGGCAGAAGAUCCGUGAGGUGGAAGAGAAGCAGCCAGAAGUCAAAACCGGUUUUCUUGGCUCCUUCUUAGACUUUAUCAAAUCAGGCCCCAAACAGCAAUACUCUCCAAGCAAUACGAGAACAAGCAGUCGUCCAAGAAAACCCUCCUCUUGCUCCAAACCUUGUAUUUUGCCUUCUUUUCAACCCCAAGUGCUGACUCUGCCUAGGCCUUCACUUCCCCAGGAGAGUCCAGGUUUAAACUCCCAGCAGAAACAUCUAGAAAAGGAUCUGCAGAAGAACCUGAAUGACUGCAACCGACGUUGCUCAUUCAGCUCAGACGAAGAGGAGAGUACUGGGAGGAAUCAAGCUCUUAGGAACAGCAUCAGCUCAGCUCUCUCAGCUCUGGAUAAGUCUUCAGAUGGGAGAACAAAUAUAGAUAACCAAGUUCAGGUGCCAGUAAUGAAGCCAGUCAAGCUUACCGGCUUGCCACCAGUAUCCACACCUGCUCCGGUGGGCCCUGUGCCAGUGGCCUCUGCACCAACCACAGUCUCAGGAGGGAAGGAGUUUUUGACCAAAGAGACGACCGUGGCCAUUGAGGGGCUGACGGAAGGGGAGCCAUCUGACAGCGAGGGAGAGGGGAUGUAUCGAGAGAGAGAUGAGUUUGUGAUCAAGAAUGAGGACAUCGAAACAUUUAAGGUCACAAUGAGGGCAGGGGUUGAGCCUCCGGCUAUUUGGAAGGUCCAGAAAGCACUACUUCAGAAAUUUGUGCCUGAGUUGAAAGAUGGAAAGAGAGUAUUCUCUGCCACAAACAGUUACCUUGGAUACUUUGGUGAUGCAAAGACGCUGUACAAGAGAGUGUAUGUGAAAUUUUUGGAAAAUUUUAACAAAAGGGAGUACGUGCGAGUUUGUAGUCGGAAGCCACGCAGAAAGCCUAUGAGUUCGCUAAAGGCUAUUCAAAUGAAAGCUUUGCUGGGGCUGACGAAUCCGUCAGCUUCCCAGAACCAAAAGCCCUGGCCCAAAGUGAAGUCGCGGGCAGAUUCACCGCCCAAGAAGAGGAAAAAAUGGAAAGAGGAUUUUUUAUCGACUCCCUCAGGAUCAUCUGCAGAAGAAGAGUUAAACGCUCCAUUUACUUCACGGCUGCUCAAGCUCAACAUGAGAACUAUGAAGGAGACUUUUAAAAGCUUUGUUGAGCUCCUCAUUAGUGUCGCUUUAGACGAAGAUGUGAUGACAGCACUGGAGAGAGCAAAUGACGAGUUGCUGCUGCCACAUAUGAAGAAAGUAGAUGGGAUGAUCAGUGACAUCAGGAAACGCUUGCUUAACAAACUGCAUAUAGGGGAGUUCUUAAAGACGGCUUUAGAUAGCUUCCCGGAAAUCUCAGUAGUAACUGAGCUGAAGGAUGGUGAAACCUCAGCCGUUAAAGUACGUCUCAGUGGGAAGGCCUACGACAAGAACACUAUGAAGCCUUACGAGACGCUGGACCAAGUGAUGCGGGAGUAUUCUGUGGACCAGCAGAAAAUUCAGUGGUUCUCUCUGUACCACUCUUUGGAGCAUUACAAAUACCACACCUACCUCAUGUGCAAAGAUAAGGUUGCUUCGCUGUGGUUGCAGGACGGCAACCUGGGGCAGGAGGAGACAAUCCAAAAGUGCCUGCAGAACGAAGCUUGGGUAGAAGGACUCUUUGAUCAUUUUGAAGAGCUAAUUAGUGAAGUGCAGCAGGUCUGCAGAUGAUUAAGCCAUGGCAGACUAGGUUUAAAAACAAGGAGAAACAAAAACAAAGUACAUCGCUUAAACACAAGAGGAUGUAUUAAGUGACAGUGGCAGCAGUGGAUCCAUCUUUCCAGCCACAGAGAUCCGAAGCGAACACAAAGGUGUAACUUGAUCAACAGAAGACUUUCUUUUUGGGAAGCUUUUUGGAAGACUUACACAUGGUGCGACUCAUUUUCUUUGUACGCUUUUAUAGUUUUUUGGGCCCGUGUUUUAUGGGCCAUUUUUUAUAGGUUUCUAUUGGCUUUUCUACUGUCCUUUUUUAUUUUGGCCAUAUAAUAACCUCUGAUAGAUAGAAAACAGUCGCUCUAGGAAGUGAACUGGAACAAAUCAAAUGCAGCUGGAUCAUAUAUCCUUUUAAUAAGCCUUCAUCCAUCAUUUAAAGUAGACUUACAUGCAGAGAUUAUAUAUUGUAAAAAAGAAAAUAAAUAUAUAUAUAUAUAACUAGUUUAUGCUGUUAAACAUCAAUUCCUGAAUGGAGAGCCAAAUUCUUCAUGUAAUGUACAUUUUGUAGAAAGACAGCAAGGUGAAAUCCUCAGCUGUUCUGCUGAGUAACUUAACAGCUGCAAAUCACGAAUGUUGAACUUGAAAGCAUCACACGCCUCUCUCCCCAUGAGAAGGGUUUUAAUGGAACCUGCACAGUUACCGGUUUUAUCGAACAAAAAAACGUUACUUUGAUUUGUGUUAGGAAAAAUAAAUAACUCAAGGUUGUCUUUAUAUUGUCUUAUAUACAAAGCCCAUGUUUUAUGACAUAAAUAUAUAUUUUUCACUGAAAUAAUUAUUGUGCUUUGAAGAUUUUGGUUGUUUUCAUUGUCUUUUUACAGUUCUCACAGAUUCCUGUUUGUGAGCCAGAAAUGUUGAAAUCUCCAGUUCUUUUUUGCAGUUUGUAAAUAAAAAUGGCACAUAUAAGAAAUCUA